CCCUCAUCAUUAUCUCCAAGCUUGCCAAUCAAACCCAUUCCCUCAUUUCCCUCUGCUCGGGGAAGCGAGCAGCUGGGAGCCCCCAGAGGAGCCCGGGAGAGGAGUGGCAUCAGUGAGCUGUGAGCUGUAGCUUGCCUUCCAGCCCAGCUCCUCUCUCCAGCUUCAUAGCUUUCCUCACCUGGCUUUUGCCUCCUUGCCUUGCUGAGCAGCAUGGCUACAAUUACCUGCACCCGCUUCACUGAAGAAUAUCAGCUCUUUGAGGAACUGGGCAAGGGUGCGUUUUCCAUCGUUAGAAGAUGUGUGAAAGUGUUAGCUGGUCAAGAGUAUGCAGCCAAGAUUAUCAACACGAAGAAGCUCUCAGCCCGAGAUCAUCAGAAGCUGGAGCGAGAGGCCCGCAUUUGCCGCCUGCUAAAGCAUCCAAAUAUUGUCCGACUCCAUGAUAGCAUAUCAGAGGAGGGGCAUCACUACCUGAUAUUUGACCUGGUCACGGGUGGGGAGCUGUUUGAGGACAUUGUGGCCCGAGAAUACUACAGUGAGGCUGAUGCCAGUCACUGCAUUCAGCAAAUCCUAGAGGCUGUGCUUCACUGUCACCAGAUGGGUGUGGUGCACCGAGACCUGAAGCCGGAGAACCUGCUACUUGCAUCCAAGCUUAAGGGGGCUGCAGUGAAAUUGGCGGACUUUGGCCUGGCCAUCGAGGUGGAAGGGGAGCAGCAGGCAUGGUUCGGCUUUGCAGGGACACCAGGGUAUCUUUCCCCAGAAGUUCUCCGAAAGGACCCAUAUGGGAAGCCUGUGGAUCUUUGGGCAUGCGGUGUCAUCCUAUACAUCUUGUUGGUGGGAUAUCCUCCUUUCUGGGAUGAGGACCAGCACCGACUAUACCAGCAGAUCAAAGCUGGAGCCUAUGAUUUUCCAUCCCCGGAAUGGGACACGGUUACCCCAGAAGCAAAGGACCUGAUUAAUAAAAUGCUCACCAUCAACCCCUCCAAGCGCAUCACAGCUGCUGAAGCCCUCAAGCACCCCUGGAUCUCUCACCGAUCUACAGUGGCCUCCUGCAUGCACAGACAGGAGACCGUGGACUGCUUGAAGAAAUUCAACGCAAGGAGGAAACUAAAGGGAGCUAUCCUUACCACCAUGCUGGCCACCAGGAACUUCUCUGGAGGGAAGAGCGGGGGCAACAAGAAGAAUGACGGUGUGAAGAAAAGAAAGUCCAGUUCCAGUGUUCAGUUAAUGGAAUCCUCUGAGAGUACCAAUACCACCAUUGAAGAUGAAGACACCAAAGUGAGAAAGCAAGAAAUCAUUAAGGUGACAGAGCAGCUGAUUGAAGCAAUAAGCAAUGGGGAUUUUGAGUCCUACACGAAGAUGUGUGACCCUGGGAUGACAGCCUUUGAACCGGAGGCUCUGGGAAACCUGGUUGAAGGCCUGGACUUCCAUCGAUUCUACUUUGAAAACCUGUGGUCCAGGAACAGCAAGCCUGUCCAUACCACCAUCCUGAACCCCCACAUCCACCUGAUGGGUGAUGAGUCAGCCUGCAUUGCCUACAUCCGCAUCACACAAUAUGUGGACGCCGGUGGCAUCCCUCGCACUGCCCAGUCUGAGGAGACCCGCAUCUGGCACCGCCGGGAUGGCAAAUGGCAGAUUGUCCACUUCCACAGAUCCGGAGCGCCUUCAGUCCUACCACAGUGA